AUGUGUGAGGGUGAUUUUAGUAUCGCAGAGCUAUUUGAGUUGUAUAAAGAUUAUAAUGAUGUUUUCAAAUCAUUAUACAGGCUCAAUACAUACAACGAAGAUGAAAUCGACAAAAUUUACACAGAUAUUAAAACCAAAUUGAUUGAAACAAACUUACGAUCACCGAAAUAUAUAAUUGAAAAUUCUAUUAAUGCUGCUGUUGUAUACAACAACCGCUAUUUAAUGUCAUAUUUCCGAAUCUUCGAAAAAAUAAAAGAAGAUUAUCAUUUGGAGAAUAUCGAAAGGAUAAUUCCUGGUUUAGAUAAACUUGUUUACGAAAAAUAUGGUUUUUGCUAUAAUCCCAAAAAGAGAUUUAAACAUAUCUCAUUUGAUUAUCUUGACAAAAACUCAAUUUACAAAUCUAUAAUGGAUGAUGACAUAAAAUCAUUUAUAUCCUUUACAGAGACAACUGAUUUUGAUAUAAAUCAAGUUAUAUACGAUUUUUUAAAUCCACGAGUUAUGUAUUAUGAAAACACUUAUUCAUAUCUUGAAUUAUGUUGCUAUUAUGGCGCAGCACGUUGUUUUAAGUUUUUAAGGACGAAAUUUAAUGCAGAAAUCAAUGAAAAUUGCCUUAAUUAUUCAUUUCUUGGAGGAAAUCCAGAAAUAAUGAGCGAAUGUUUGAAGGUUGUGCAGCCAAAUGCCAAUACAAUGCGUUAUGCAAUUAUAUCACAUAACAUUGAUUUUGUUAGUUUUUUAGUCAACGAAUACAAUUUACCAGUUGAUAGUCAUUAUUACUAUGAUUAUGAUAAUCUUGAAGCAUUUUUUAUUACAUUAGAUCAUGAUAAGAAUUUCAAAGAAAGAUUAUGUGAUGCAAUGCAUUUUCGCAUACCAUCACUUUGCAAAUAUUUCAUUUUACAUGGUGCAGAUCUCAAUCAGAGAGAUCAUUUUUGUAAUGAUGGAGGAUAUCCAAUCCAUUUGGCAGUUCAAUAUAAUAUGAAAGAAAUCGUUGAACUAUUAUUAUCACAUCAUGUAUCCAUAGAGUGUGAAACACUCAUCAAAGUUGUUAAACCUAUUGAAAUCGCAGUUGAUGAAAAAAAUAUUGAAAUUAUAGAACUUCUUCUUUCAUAUGGCGCAAAACCUACCGCAAAAUCUCUUGACUUAGCUAUUUACAGAAAUAGUAAAGAGAUUGUAGAAAUUUUGAUUUCACAUGGUGCAAAUGUCAACGAAGAAUUACAUAGAUUUAAUAUGCUUUCUUCAGCAGUUUUUAGAGGUCAUAAAGAAAUCGCUGAACUUCUUAUUUCACACGGUGCAGAUAUUGACAAGCAAAACAAAAACGGAGAUUCAGCUCUUCAAUUAGCAGCACAGGAAAAUAAACCUGAAAUAAUAGAUCUUCUUAUCUCGCACGGUGCAAAAUUCGACGGAAUUGAUCACAAUGGUAACAAUGUUCUUUUUUAUGCGGCAAAAUAUAAUGAUCUUGAAAGAGUAAAACUUUAUAUAUCUCAUGGAAUUGACAUCAAUGCAAAAAUUAAUGGACAAACCGCACUUUUUGCCGCAGUUCAAGGAAACGGUUUUGAAGUUGCAGAACUUCUUAUUUCUUCUGGCGCAAAUGUAAACGAAAGAGAUGCUUCAAUGAAUACUCCUCUUCAUUUUGCAGCAAAACUUCAUUCCUCAGAUAUUACACAUCUAUUAAUUUCACAUGGCGCGGACAUCGAUGCGGUGAAUAAUCUUGGACAAACUCCAGUUUCAAAAGCUAUCGCUGAUGUUCUCUCAGAUAUUGAUCUCAUCUUAUAA